CUUGACAGCUUGGCUUGGCAUCUUGAAAAUAAUAUCUGCGCUUCAAAAUAUAAUUUGUCACCAUGUCCGCGAGAAACCCGGGGACCCAGCUCGGUACGUGUGAGCCAGCUAGAACUCGCUACGAAAAAUGUCUGCUCGUCAUUCGGCACUUUUGUCAGGAUCGCCUUCUUUUCUCUUGUGUUUGUUUAAUAAGUUACACUUUGGAGGUAAACGACCUGCAAAACGCAGGGAUAGAGUUUUGCGCCACAAAUACAACGGACUUUUUUCCUGGCUUGUUGUAAAUAAAUUGUUUGACGCUUUCUCGUGACCAUGUAAUUAAGAACUCAUGACCACUCAGGUUACCUCAAACGCUUUCCCCCCCCCCCGAGUUUCCAGAUUUCUUUAUAUUUGAUAGACACUCCAUUUUGAGCUCACUCGACUGUAGGGAUGUUUUUUUUGUUUGUUUGGGUGAAUUACAGUAUAAAAUUUAACUCAAUGCACAUCAUUCACUUCUUGCCAGCACGCACUUUCUUAGGAUCAAUGGUAAGAAGAAAGAAAUUUGACAAAAUACUUGCACAAAACGCCACAUAUUUUGUACUUUCACACUGCAAGGUAACCGAAUGGUGGCUGGAUAUUGUGAAGUUCGCUGACGCCAUCUAGUGGCAGUGUCUGUAGCUCACCCUUAACACACAUUUUUGCUCAACAAUAACGCAUUUGUAGUUAAAUAAAAAAAAAAAAAAAAAAGAAACAUCCAAAUAGCGCAACGCUUAUCAUAUAUAAACAGUUUUAAUGAUAUCAGCGUCGGAGGUGACCCAAAAUUAAGUGGAGGUGACUGCCUUCAAAUUCUAUAGGCAGGGAAAUCUCUGUCUCCAUGCUUUUUUCCCCCUUCCCUCCCCAUUGUACAUUAGAUCUGGAGUGGCUCUCCAAAGUGAGAGUGAACACACAAGCUGUGCUGAGGAGAGCUCAGUGCAUCCAAGGACUGAAGAUCCCCACGAAACAGUGGCAGGCUGCCUGGCUGCUGAAGGCCGUCACGUGUAUCGACCUGACGACUCUGGCGGGGGACGACACGCCGUGCAACGUCCACCGGCUGUGCAUGAAAGCCAGCCAGCCCGUCCAGUACGAGCUACUCAAGGAGAUGGACAUGCACGACAAAGGCGUGACGACCGCUGCGGUGUGCGUGUAUCCGUCGCGAGUGGCCGACGCCGUCCAAUCACUCAAAGCUGCCAACUCCAAUCUUCCCGUUGCAUCGGUGGCCACAGGUUUCCCAGCGGGGCAGACCCCACUCGAGAGCCGCCUGACAGAAGUUCGCAUGGCCGUAGCGGACGGGGCCACAGAGAUCGACAUUGUCAUCAACAGGACGCUCGCUCUCACAGGACAGUGGGAAGCGAUGUAUGACGAGAUCUGUCAGUUCCGAGAGGCCUGUGGCGACGCCCACUUGAAGGCCAUCCUGGCUGUCGGCGAGCUGGGCACCUUCGCCAAUGUCUACAAGGCCAGUUUGGUCGCCAUGAUGGCCGGUUCCGACUUCAUCAAGACAUCCACGGGAAAGGAAUCUGUCAAUGCCACCUACCCCGUUGCCAUAGUGAUGGGGAGGGCCAUACGUGACUACUUCCUGCGUACGGGCCACAAGGUGGGCUUCAAGCCGGCGGGGGGCAUCCGAACAGCCAAGGAGUCUUUGGUGUGGCUUCUGCUGAUCAAAGAGGAGCUGGGCAACGACUGGCUGUCUCCUCAACUCUUCCGCUUGGGCGCAAGCAGCCUGUUGGCUGACAUUGAGAGACAGAUAUAUCAUCAUGUGACGGGACAGUAUGCGGCCUACCAUGAGCUUCCGAUGGCCUGAAGCUCUGGAGAUGCUCCAAAUAACCAAAUGGACCUCAAGUUCACCACGCAAGCCUCUCAAUCUUAUUUUCCCUCACAUUCAUGUUCAGUAGUUUGUAGUUUACUACAACCUUGAACCAGUGUCUGAGUACUUUUUAUACUGUUAAUGCCAUUAUGGGAGCUCUUAUAUAAUAUGAUUUCCUUAUGUGACAGUGGGAUUAAUGUGCUUAAGGUUAACUUUUGUUAUAGGUUAAUUGAAGAUUGCCUGUAUGUGCGAAGGGUUGAAAGUGAAAAUAUUACUUCAUUCCUUUGGUGGAAAAUCAACAUUCCAAAACUGGCAAUAAACGUGUGCAUUCAUGAGA